GUAGUUCGUUCUUUCAAGUUGUUUAUCACUUCACCUGCGGUUGCGGUGACAUUUACAUAGGCAAAACAAACCGUCAGUUAGCUCAGAGGGUAGCUGAACAUUUGCCAAAAUGGUUGGGACAAGUGAUUACGCAACAAAAUGGGACGGAUCUGAGAGUUAAUCGGAGCCCUGCAUCGUCUAUCACCAAGCACAUCAUGGCAACCCGUCAUCACAUGGCCAAGACUCAACGAAACAAGAACACGAUGGGUCACCUUGGCCUACUCAAAGCCCGGUUAGCGAAGCUGCGUCGUGAAUUGAUCGAACCCAAGGGUGGUGGGGGUGCCGCAGGCGAAGGCUUUGACGUUGCGAAAACUGGAGACGCUCGCAUCGGAUUCGUAGGCUUUCCGUCCGUUGGUAAAUCAACGCUUUUAUGCAAUCUUGCCGGUGUUUACUCGGAGGUCGCUGCCUAUGAGUUCACCACUCUCACGACUGUUCCCGGUGUUAUUCGUUACAAAGGGGCACGAAUCCAGUUGCUCGACUUACCUGGCAUUAUCGAGGGUGCCAAAGAUGGCAAAGGUAGAGGAAAACAAGUGAUUGCUGUGGCGCGCACCUGCUCCCUUAUUUUGAUGAUUCUUGAUGUCCUCAAGCCAUUGCACCACAAGCGACUUCUUGAACACGAACUGGAAGGUUUCGGUAUUCGAUUGAACAAGGAACCACCGAACAUUACGUUAAAGAAAAAAGAUAAAGGUGGACUCAACUUUCAAGCAAUGGUCCCUCAGUCAGAACUGGAUCGGGAAACAGUGAAGACCAUUUUGUCUGAGUAUAAGAUUCACAAUGCCGAUGUGCUCCUGCGAUGUGAUGCAACUGCUGAGGACCUGAUUGAUGUUAUUGAAGGCAAUCGUGUCUACAUUCCUUGCUUAUAUGUUUUGAACAAAAUAGAUCAAAUUUCUAUCGAGGAGCUGGACAUUAUUUGCCGGAUCCCCCACUGUGUACCUAUUUCGGCGCAUCAUAAAUGGAAUUUCGAUGAUUUGCUUGAAAUGAUGUGGGAAUAUUUAAAUUUGCUCCGAAUUUACACUAAACCCAAAGGACAACUUCCUGACUACACUGCUCCUGUCAUUUUACGGUCCCUUUCGCAUACCGUAGAGGAUUUUUGUAAUAAACUUCACCGUUCCAUCAUCAAGGAGUUUAAGUAUGCUUAUGUCUGGGGCGCUUCGGUCAAGUAUCAACCUCAGCGGGUUGGGAAGGAUCAUGUUUUACUCGACGAAGACGUUGUACAGAUAGUAAAAAAGAUAUGAACGCUAUACUUUCAUAUAAGCAGCUCUGUACCCCGAUGCACCUCUACUUUCGUUCACGAAAUAUAUUUUUAUGGGUC